CCCAUCUCUCUCUCUCUCUCUCGGCUUGUGGUUUGCUUCUUCAAUCCUCAAACCCAGAAAAGAACAAAGAACAGAGAGAAAUUGGUUAUGAUUUCUGCGACCCACAUUGCUUCAAUCCAACUCCAGCACAGAAUUCUCUGCAAUAUCCUACAUCUCACCCUUCUCUUUCCUCGGAAGAUUUGAAUCAAAAAGCUCUUUUGAUUUUUUUUUUGACAAAAGGUCGGGAUUUUUUUUUCCCCUUUGGAACCGCCAUGACUGAGGUCCUUCAUUUCCCUGCGUCUCCAAGCGGUGCUUCUCCGUCUUCUUCUUCCUCUUCCUCCGCUUCUUCAGCCUCUUCCUCUUCUUCUCCUACACCCACUUCCUUAUCCUACGCCUCCCGGUCCAAUGCCGCCGCCGCGGUGCCGCUCCUAAUCGGUUCCGACCACCGGAGAAGAAACCCAGUUCCGGGAUUCGCGGAUGAUGUUGACUUUCAAGGCUCCAGCUUGACGGGUCUUGAUGCAGAAGACGCGGAACAACGACAGCAGUUGCGGCGAAGCACCGGCGGCGACGGAGGGGAUCAGCUCUCUCUAUUGGCUCUUCUGGUUGCCAUUUUCAGGAGAUCUCUUGUCUCUUGCAAGAGCAACCGGAGGGAGUUCUGUUCCAUGGAGAUCGGUUGGCCAACCAACGUCCGACACGUGGCACACGUAACCUUCGACCGCUUCAAUGGCUUCUUGGGUUUGCCGGAUGAGUUCGAGCCGGAGGUCCCCAGAAGAGCUCCCAGCGCAAGUGCAACAGCCUUUGGGGUAUCAACAGAAUCCAUGCAAUUAUCAUAUGAUUCAAGAGGAAACUGCGUUCCUACUAUCCUCUUGUUGAUGCAGAACUGUCUAUACACACAAGGCGGCUUGCAGGCAGAGGGAAUUUUCAGAAUCACGGCCGAGAAUAGCGAGGAGGAGGCAGUCAGGGAGCAACUAAAUCGGGGAGUUAUACCUGAGGGCGUUGAUAUACACUGCUUAGCCGGACUUAUCAAGGCGUGGUUCAGGGAACUCCCGAGUGGAGUUCUUGAUCCUUUGUCGCCUGAGCAGGUGAUGCAGUGCCAGACAGAAGAGGAGUUCGUUGAGCUCGUUAGGGUUUUACCCCCCACCGAAGCUUCCCUGCUCGAUUGGGCGAUUAAUCUAAUGGCAGACGUUGUCCAGCAUGAGCAUCUGAACAAGAUGAAUUCUCGUAACAUAGCCAUGGUUUUCGCCCCGAACAUGACACAGAUGGUUGAUCCGUUGACCGCACUGAUGUAUGUGGUACAAGUGAUGAACUUUCUCAAGACACUAAUCGGGAGAACUCUACGUGAAAGGCAAGAUCCGGUCGUGGACCUGAAUCCCGGAUUCCGUCUAGAACCUUCCGACGAGAGUGGCCACGAAAGCCCGUCUCAGUCUUUGACGUUUAACGUCGAGGAAAAGGAAGAUACCAGAGAGCAAACCGAAGGUAAUCAAGAAGGCUACUAUUAUAUCCAUGAGAAGAACCAUUACACAGAACGUGCAGAGAUAUCAGAUGAAGAAGAUGCAGUGUAUGACGAAUCACCAUUAGAUUCGGAGAACGACGGGGGGAAAGGUGAGAUCGGGGAACUGAGCGAGUCGGGUCUGGUAAACAAUGGAAGGAAGACGACUAUAGUGAUGCCAUACCUUCCGGUACAGUUUGAGGUGGACAAGAUGAAGGGAUUGAGCAAUUUGAGCCGUGUAAACUCGAGGGUUGAGCGUAUUGAAGCUUGGCGAUGAAUCAAUAACAGAAUAAAACUCUAAGAACCACGCCGUCUUCUUCUUCUUCUUGUGAAGUUUCUUCCUUUUUGUUCAAUGUCUGAAAUUGGCUUCUUAUUUGUUGAACCUUCCGUACCGAUCCUUAACCGAACCGGUUAACGGCAUUAACCGGACGAUUUUCCCCCGGUCCGUGCAUGUUUCUUUAAGAAGUCGUCUACUCGUGAAAGCCAAGCCAUGUUAACAUCGUGUA